GCGCCGCGGGCGCCCUGGCGGGGGCCCUGCAGCUCCGGGCCCCGUUGCGUCACGCCAUCGCUCCGCUGUCUUUCGGUCACCGUCACCGAAAGUCAGUGCCGUUGACAGCGAGGUUAGCCAGGAUCGGGUCUCGGCCAGAAGCAGUCGGACGGCCGAUUGUAAAUGGUCUAGAAUCUUUAGUUAACAAGUUGAAAGCCCCCGCUAAGCCAGAAGAGCUGACGCGGGUCGAGCGAGCCCACCCCUAGUUCGUGGGGCUGAGAGGGCGGCGCGCACGACGAGGUUUGAGCCUCGUGCCUCGCCGUACCCGACCCCAGGCCCAUAGGGACGUAGUCUCGCGCUUCUUCCCGCGCUUUCUGCCGUGAGGGGGUCAGAGGGCGCGCGUGCUGCGCAGGCGCAAGCAGCCGGAGCCGAGGCUGGUGGCCAUGGGCGAAGCCGGAGGCGCUGAGGAGGCCCGCCGGCACGUGGGGACCAAAGAAGAGUAUGUGAGAGUCAGAAAGAAGGACCUGGAACGGCUGACGACGGAAGUGAUGCAAAUACGGGACUUCUUGCCCAGAAUCCUGAACGGGGAGGUGUUGGAAAGCUUCCAGAAGUUAAAGGUUAUAGAAAAAAACUUGGAAAGGAAGGAGCAAGAGUUGGAACAACUGAGGAUGGACAGUGAGCACUUCCGAGCCCGCCUGGAGACGGUGCAGGCUGACAGCAUGAGAGAGAAGAAGGCGAAGCUGGCUCUGCGACAGCAGCUGGAUGAGGUGAAGCAGCAGCUCCUGCAGCAGGCUGAGUACUGCACGGAGAUGGGCGCCGCAGCCUGCACGCUGCUCUGGGGCGUGUCCAGCAGCGAGGAGGCCGUCAGAGCCAUUCUGGGAGGGGAUAAAGCUUUGAAGUUUUUCAGCAUCACUGGUCAAACAAUGGAGAGUUUUGUGAAGUCGCUGGAUGGAGACGUCAAGGAGCUCAAUUCUGACGAGAAUCAGUUUGUUUUUGCUUUGGCGGGAAUCGUAACAAAUGUGGCCGCCGUGGCCUGUGGCCGCGAGUUCCUGGUCAGCUCCAGUCAGGUGCUACUGGACACGAUGCUGCAACUUCUGGGGGACCUGAAGCCGGGACAGUGCACCAAGCUCAAAGUGUUAAUGCUGAUGGCGCUGUACAACGUGACCAUCAACGUGAAGGGCCUGGAGUACGUCAGCCAGAGCCCCAGCUUCCUCCCGCUGCUGUGGUGGCUCCUGAGUGAUCCUGAUGCAGAGGUGUGUCUUCAUGUGUUGCGACUUAUCCAGUCGGUGGUUCUGGAACCGGAAGUCUUCUCCAAGUCGGCCUCCGAGUUCCAGAGCUCCCUGCCCCUGCAGCGGAUCCUGGCCAUGGCCAAGAGCCGCAACCCCCGCCUGCAGGCCGUGGCCCAGGAGCUCCUGGAGGACCUGCGUGCCCUGGAGCAGCACCACGCGUAGGGGCACUUGGCGUGUCCCUUCCCCUCCCAGGUCCCCACUUAGCAGCAUCCUGAAACCGUCCCCGGUGCCAUGUGUUACAGAUGGCCAGCUGUGCUUGGCUAGAGAGGAACGUGAAUUGGUAUGUGUCCAUAACUUCCUCUGGGUUAGUCUUGCCAGGGGAGCCUGAGAAAGAAUCCAUGCGUCUGUGAGGUGCGCCAGCUGUGCCUGGAAGAGGCCUCAGCGGCCCCUGCUACAGGCGGGGCCUUUCUGAGGCCUGUGGGCGCCCCCUUGAUCCCCCCAAGUGGGAGAUUCAGUUACCACCUCCAUCGGUCAGCACUUUUCUGAGAUCCAUUUCUCUGCGAAACAGUUCACUCUCUCUCUAGUAGUUCUAAUUAAUCCCCCAAAUGCAAGUUUAGUUACAUUUAAACCUUUUGGUAAACCUGCUGUUUCAGAUGACUUUGGACAUUUUAGUUCUGUAUUU